ACGCGCUCCAGACCCAACACUGUGAUAGUCCUGCUUCAGGAGAGCGAUGCCGUGUGUACAGCUGUAGGUGCAGCAGGAUGGAGCAGACCCGGUUGGUCCCGUGGGUUCUGUGUCUCUGUUUGUCUUUACGGGUUUGCUGCUUACAGACAUACGAUCUGAACGAUAAAGGCGGACUGGGGAGAGUUUUUGACGGAAUUGGCGGUUUGAGCGGCGGAGGGGCCACGUCUCGCCUGCUAGUCAAUUACGCAGAGCCGUAUCGGAACCAGAUAUUGGACUUCCUCUUUAAGCCGAACUUCGGAGCCUCUCUGCACAUACUGAAGGUGGAGAUCGGAGGAGACGCUCAGACCACUGAUGGAACAGAACCCUCCCACAUGCACUAUGAGAAUGAUGAAAACUACUUUAGAGGGUAUGAGUGGUGGCUGAUGAAAGAAGCCAAAAGGAGAAACCCAAACAUCACACUCAUAGGUUUACCCUGGGCGUUUCCUGCUUGGGUGGGCCAUGGUAAGAACUGGCCCUAUGACUUCCCAGACAUCACUGCAACAUACGUGGUGAACUGGAUCCUGGGUGCCAAGCAGUAUCAUGACCUGGAUAUUAAUUAUAUUGGGAUUUGGAAUGAGAGAAACUAUGACAUCAACUACAUCAAGCUGUUGCGGUUCACUCUAGAUAAGAGUGGUUUGGAUGGGGUCAGGAUCAUUGCCAGUGACAACUUGUGGGAGCCCAUCGCCUCUUCUUUGCUGCUAGACCCUGAGCUCAGCAGCAUGGUAGACGUGAUAGGAGCCCACUACCCAGGCACCACCACCGUGGCUAAUGCCCUGAAGACGCACAAGAAGCUUUGGUCUUCAGAGGAUUACAGCACCUUCAACGACGAGGUGGGUGGAGGCUGCUGGGCUCGUAUCCUCAACCGGAACUAUGUCAAUGGAAACAUGACUGCGACUAUCUCCUGGAACCUGGUGGCCAGCUACUACGAGGAGCUGCCCUUUGGCAGAGAAGGGCUAAUGACAGCAAAGGAGCCCUGGAGUGGCAACUAUGUUGUGGCAUCUCCAAUCUGGAUCACAGCCCACACCACCCAGUUCACCCAGCCAGGAUGGUCCUACCUGCAGACUGUGGGACAUCUGGAAGGAGGUGGAAGCUAUGUCGCUUUAACUGACGGGAAAGGGAAUCUCACUGUUAUCAUAGAAACCAUGACUCAUGAUCAUUCCAUCUGCAUUAGACCUCCACUCCCUCCGUUCAAUGUGACAUCCCAGAAUGCUACUUUCCAGCUGAACGGAUCCUUUGCCUCUAUUACAAAGCUCCAAGUGUGGCGGUCACAGUUUAACUUCAAGACAAAGAAGCCUUCAUUCUUUGUGGACCUGGGGCCACUAAAGCUAGUGGAUGGCGCCUUCACCCUAUCUUUGGGGGUAGAUGAGGUUUACACAUUAAGCACUAUUACAACGGCAAAGAAAGGUGUUUACCCAGACCCACCUCCGUCAGCUGGCUUCCCUAAAGCCUACAAGGACAACUUCAAUAUUCGAAACCCUCCCUUCUCUGAAGCUCCCCACUUUGCUGAUCAAACUGGGGUGUUCGAGUACUACAUAAAUCUGACCGACCCAGGACCUCACACCUUUACCUUACGACAAGUUGUAACCUCGAGACCAGUCACAUGGGCAGCAGAUGCUGACCAGACCAUCAGUGUCAUAGGGGACUAUAAAUGGCGGAACCUGACAGUUAUGUGCGACGUCUUCAUGGAGAGUGUUGAUACCGGAGGGGUUUUUAUAGCUGCAAGGGUGAACAAAGGUGGCGAAUCAGUGCGCAGCGCUAAUGGAGUGUUCUUCUGGGUGUUUGCAGAUGGCACAUACAAAGUUACCAAUGAUCUUGCUGGUCAGACUGUACUUGCAGAGGGCCUGUCUGGUACUCGAGCAUAUGGUUGGAACACGUUAACGCUCACUGUGAAUGGUCAGCUGGCGUCAGGGCAGCUGAAUGGGUUCCCGCUGUGGAAAAACGCGGUGGUGCUGAACCCGCAGAGCGGCUGGGCUGCCAUAGGAACAAAAUCAUUUGAACUGGCUCAGUUUGAUAACUUUGCUGUAGUAGUGGACUAAUGACUGAACUGUGAUGUGGUAAUUUGCCUUCUCUGCUUGAACUAAAAUGAACUUUUAGUUAAUUUAAUAUUUUAUUGCCAAAUGUGAUAUUGCUGUACAUUUAACUGAGGUAUAGCAAAUGAAGUGAUUUUGCACUGGUACUUUUACUAAAUAAAAGGACUUUAUAAUUUUAAACAGCUUUUUAAUCUUUUAAACCUGUACAUAGUAAAAGACUAAAUAUACCUACCUCACUGAAAUAAAAAAUGUACCACUA